CUUUCGGCUUGAUAGUUCACAUUGAUAAGAACCUGAGCACAAGGAUCGGUUCAUUAGUCAUUUGCAUAGUCCAUUAGUCGGAGUUUUGAAUAAAGCACAGGAGCCAUAAAAAUGUUAAUUGUGUUCAGUCAGCUUUUUCUUUUUGCUGCUGCAAUUAUCUUGACUGAUGCCAUCGAAUACAGUUGCACUGAUUACCACAAAGGCUAUUGCGUAAUUGAAAACGUCACCGCUGAGUCGAUGAAUCAAGCAACGUUUCCCCCGGACAAGCUCCUACUAAUUCAGAACAGCACUUUCCCCACAUUUGGAGCGAGUCAAUUCUUACGGUUACCAAACGUAGAAAAUCUGAUGAUUCACCAUCUGAAGAUCGAACAGUUGGAUUUGAAAGGAUGCGAACGCGUCACAAUGCUUUUCGCCAGCUAUAAUCACAUCUCAAAUCUGAGUGCCAUUGACGCGCUACCCCUUAGAAGCUUACACCUCUACCAAAACCUCCUGACUAAUGUGAGCGCCUUAAAAGCACUAACCGAAUUGGAACAACUUUACCUAAACGACAACUUGCUCGAAGUAUUAACAAUUGAUGUGUUUGCCAGAAUGAAAAGUCUCAAAAUCUUGACGCUACAUCGUAACAAACUGGUCGCGAUCGAUACUGUCAAGUCGAUCAGUCUCCCAAGCUUGGAAUCAAUGUUUCUUCAGCAUAAUUCUCUCGCCCAUCUGGAUACGGCUCUGUGGCGUAUGCCGGCCCUGCAAAAGUUAGACCUGAGUGACAACGCGCUCGGGUUUCUGUUCACCUUCCUGGAGGAGUUUCCAUCUCUAACCGAUUUUGAGCUCCAUACCAACAAAUGGAACUGCGCUUGGUUGCACAAAAUGAUCGAACGAAUGGAUCUGCGAGCGAUCCGGCAUAGCCAAAAAGAUCGAUCGUGCGAGGGGACACUUUUCGGGGACAUUUGCUGUGUGGCAGAAGCGAGUCAGCCCGAUCCGAUGAUGUUGCUCAUCAGCCGGACCGGAGUUGUUGACGAUCUGCAAGAUCAACUCGGUGACCAGCGGCAGAAAGUGGAACAACUGGAGGAAGCACAUCGAAAGCAAACUUACAAGUACGACGACCUGAAGCGGAAGAUCGACAAGAUAGAGGAAUGGUGUCAGAAGGAAUUGUAAUCGUGUUACGGUGAAUAAAA